UCCCCGCUCCAAUAUGGCUUCCUAUAUUGUCGAAAAAAGUAAUUCAUGAUAUCUACAGAAAAAUUAAAUAUUCAUCUUUUAAGAGGCCCAUUAAGUUUAUUGGCUAAAAAACGAGUGCCCUCCGUACCUAGCAGAAUAAGGUGGAAGAUCGCCGGCGAGUCCUGCUGCAGCCGAUAGGGGGCGCUCAUGGCUCCUGUGGAGGAAUCGCAUGCCCAGCGCGUCCUGUCCUCCCUCAACCGGCAGAGGGCGCUGGGGAGGUUCUGCGACGCUGCGCUCAGCACUGGGGGCGGGAAGGUGUUCCCGGUUCACCGCAGCGUGUUGGCGUGCUUCAGCGAGCUGUUCGAGGAUCCCGGCGGCAGCGCGGCUCAGCGCGCGGAGCUCGCUCUGCCCGAGGAUUGCCCCGCUAAGGGGCUCGAGCUUCUGCUCGACUUCAUCUACACCGGGGAGCUGAGCCUGGACGCUGCCAACCUCGAACAAGUGCGACGCGCCGCCGCCAGCCUCUCCGUUCCCGACGCGCUGGACAUGUGCCGGGAAUUCGCCAGCGAGGGGAGCCGGCACGCGGGGCGCUGCGGCGAGCAACUCGAGGCAGGCGCUGAGGAUGAGCGUCCUCGCACCCGGCUUCCAGAAGACGCCUCCGGGCCCGAGAGCGGGGUUACGGAGAAGCCCGGGUCCCGGCCGGCGGCCCGACCGAGGCCCAAAACCACCAGCUGUUUACUCAAGCAGUUGAUCCCCAGCCCUGCCGCGAGGCUCGUCUCCGCCUCGGCUGCGACCACCACUCGGUCGGGCCGCAGGGUCAGGGGCCCCAGCCGCCUGCUCGGAGAAAGCCCCGCCACACCCGCCAGGGAGGUGGAGCCAGGAGUGUCGGAGGCCAAGCGUGGCACCGAAGGAGAAGGCGAGGCCUGCGAGCGGCAUGUGAAGGAAACUGCGGGGCUGUCGACCGAGGAGCUGAGCAAUGACCAUGAAGAUGAAGAUGGCGGCGAGCUGGAGGUUCUGCCUGAUGACACUGACGAGGAGUAUCUCCCUCACGCCCCACCCAGCACCUCCAUGACAUCGCAGCGGGUCAAGCGCAGGGUUCGAGGCAAAGCCGUCAACAAGGAGAACGGCGAAGGAGCAGCGAGGGAUUCCAAAAGGAGCUCAGUACAGUGUCCUACCUGCCAAAAGACCUUCCUCAGCAAGUACUACCUCAAAGUGCACAACCGGCGCCACACCGGGGAGAAGCCCUUUGAGUGCUCCAAGUGCGGGAAGUGCUACUACCGCAAGGAGAACCUGCUGGAGCACGAGGCGCGCAACUGCCUGAGCAGGACCGAGGUGGUGUUCUCAUGCAACCUGUGCCCCAUGACUUUCCGCCGGCGUCUCGAACUGCGUCUCCAUACGGUCACCCACACAGGAGAGAUGCCCAACAAGUGCACCUCAUGCUCAGAACAGUUCAUGCAGAAGAAGGACCUGAAGAUUCACCUGAUCAAAGUCCAUGGUGCUCCAAAACCACAUGCUUGCUCACUAUGCCCCAAGUGCUUCCUGUCCCGCACUGAGCUCCGGCUGCACGAGGCCUCCAAGCACCGCGGGGAGAAGCUGUUUGUAUGUGAAGAGUGCGGCCACCGGGCAUCCAGCCGCAACGGCCUGCAGAUGCACAUCAAGGCCAUCCACAGGAAUGAGCGGCCCUUCGUGUGCGAGUUCUGCAAACACGCAUUCACCCAGAAGGCCAACCUUAACAUGCAUCUUCGCACACACACUGGGGAGAAGCCGUUCCAGUGUCACCUGUGCGGGAAGACAUUCCGCACACAAGCCAGCUUGGACAAGCACCACCGCACCCACACGGGUGAGCGGCCCUUCCGCUGUGAAUACUGCGACCAGCGCUUCACGGAGAAGGGUCCCCUGCUCCGUCACGUGGCCAGCAAGCACCAAGAGGGCCGGCCACACUACUGCCACAUCUGCAGCAAGACUUUCAAGGCCAUCGAGCAGCUGCGGGUCCACGUGCGGCGCCACAAAGGCAUGCGCAAGUUCGAAUGUACGGAGUGCGGUUACAAGUUCACCAGACAGGCCCACUUACGACGGCACUCCCAGAUCCACAACCGCGUGGAGAACUACAACCCGCGGCAGAGGCGGCUGCGCAAUCUGGUGGUGGAUGACGAGAAGGCGACCGGUAGCUCACUGACCCCUGAGGCGGAAGGCCCGCCGCCGGGCGACAUCAUCAACGUUAUGAUUCAGCCAGAUGCCAUCAUGGUGGAGGAGGUGGUUUCCAGUCAAGGGGCCAGCUCUGGGGAUGGGGAAAGGGAGGAAGAGGAGGAGCCCGGCUUCCCUGUGGCCGACGUGAUGGAGCAGACACUCCUGGUGAGCGGGGCCUAUCCCAUUCACGACUCCUCCGUGGUGACCGAGGAGCUGGUGGAGGACGGGCCGCCGGAGAAGGGCUGAGGACAGACGCUGCCCUCCGACUCCAAAUGGAGCCAAACACUCCACACGUGGGCUUAUACAGAAGAAGUUUUUUUAACACACUGAUCUGAUUGACAUACUUUAUCUGAAACUUUAAUGGAAAAUGUUGCUGGUCAGCGUGAUGAUGAAAUGAUUUGUCUGCAGACUGAUUAAAUUUACAUUGCGAAGCUUGGAGCCUUAGAGCUUCGUCAUAGCCGUAAGCACAGAGAGGGAAACCAGAUGGAAGUCCUGCCUGCAGCUUUUAUUGAGUGAUCGUUCUGUAAACAUCGCUUUUCCACCUAUUACACAGAUGGUCAACAAGGCAGCAAAACAAAGGUAGAUUAAAGAAACUUCAAAAAAA